AGUGGUAGUAUAACGGUGGCUCGCCUUAACAGAACUUGCGAGUGGUAAUAAACGAUGGUUCACCUUUACAAAACUCGUGGGCGGUAGUACAACGGUGGCUCGCAUAUGCAAAACUUGGGAGCAGUAGAAUAACGCUCGCAAGAACCGUCUUCUGCCGGGAAGACGGUUCUUAGCAUUCACUUAGCGAUGUCAUUUUUGGCUCUUCCCCAUCUUCGUGACCUGAGAUGAAUGGCUCUUCACCUUCGAACUGGCCGUUUUGAACAUCAUAUCUAUCCAUUCAAUAAAUUCAGUAGACGUAAUUAUGGUAUACUUGUCGAACCAUAUUAUCUGGGUUUGCAGGAAAUCUUGGUUGUUUAGCAGUCUCCGGAAGUGUGUGAACUCAGACGAGUCACCAAGACUGAUGUUCUCAAGAACAAUGCAGGCGCGGAAGGUGGUGGUGUUCUUUCUGUCCUGAAGUUCCCAAAGGAUGUUGGAAUUGAGGUUUUUGCUGUCGGUAACCUCGGAGGUAAACCUCAAGAAUUUUGUAUCUAUUACGGUUUUCGAGGGUUGUGAAGUGACUUCUUCCACCCCCACGGCGUCGUCCUCUUCCACCCCCACGGCGUCGUCCUCGUCCAUCCCCUCGGCGUCGUCCUCCUCCACCCCUGCGGCGUCGUCCUCGUACACCCCCUCGGCGUCGCCCUCUUCCACCCCUGCGGCGUCGUCCUCCUCCACCCCUGCGGCGUCGUCCUCCUCCACCCCUGCGGCGUCGUCCUCAUCCAUCCCAUCUGAGUCGCCAUCUUCCACCUCUGCGACGUUGUCUUCUUCCACCCCCGCAGCUUCGUCCUCUUCCACCCCUGCGACGUCGUCGUCUUCCACCACAGCGGCGUCGUCCUCUUGUACUCCGGCGGCGUCGGCCUCUUUAUCCCCUGAGGCGUCGUGGGGGUGGAAGUGGGGGUGCAGUCCCGCGCCGUCGUCCUCUUGCUGUCCCGCGGCGUCGUCCUCUUGCUGUCCCGCGGCGUCGUCCUCUUGCGGUCCCGCGGCUUCGUCAUCUUGCGGUCCCGCGGCGUCGUCCUCUUGCGGUCCCGCGGCGUCUUCCUCUUGAGGCCCCGCGGCGUCGUUCUCUUCCUCCCCCACGG